AUGACUUCUCGGGAUCAGCUGGUGCAGCAGGUACUGCGCAAUCUGCAGGAGGCAGUGGAGUCCGAGGGCUUGGAGGGUCUCAUCAGUGCUGCCCUGGAGGCCAAGCAGGUCCUAGCUUCCUUCAGCCUCCCCAUCUGCCAGAAGGGUGGCCCUGGCGCCCAGGUGCUGGAGGUGGACUCUGUGGCCUUGAGCCUGUACCCAGAGGAUGCUCCUCGGAACAUGCUGCCCUUGGUGUGCAAGGGUGAGGGUAGCCUGUUGUUUGAAGCGGCCAGCAUGUUGCUGUGGGGGCACACGGGUCUCAGCCUGGAACUGCGGGCUCGCACUGUAGUGGAGAUGCUGCUACACCGGCAUUAUUACCUCCAAGGCAUGAUCGACUCCAAAGUGAUGCUGCAGGCCGUGCGCUACUCCUUGUGCUCUGAGGAGUCCCCCGAGAUGACCAACCUGUCUUUUGCCACGCUGGAGGCCAUCUUCGACGCUGACGUCAGGGCUACGUGCUUCCCUACUAGCUUCUCCAAUGUGUGGCACUUGUACGCCCUUGCUUCCAUCCUCGAGCGCAAUAUCUACUCCAUCUACCCCAUGCGCAAUGUCAGGAUCCGACCCUAUUUUAACCGUGUUAUCAUGCCUCGCCGCUCCACCCACGUGACCUCCAUGCUGCACAUCAUGUGGGCUGGUCAGCCCCUCACUAGCCACCUCUUCCGUCAUCAGUAUUUUGCCCCUGUGGUUGGGCUGGAGGAGGUGGAGGCUGAUGGUACUGCUAGCCUGGACCCUGCUCCUCCAAACCUGGGUCCUCUGCUACCACCAGCCAAAACCCUGGAGCUGCUCAACCGUGAACCCGGCCUCAGCUACUCCCACCUCUGUGACCGCACCAGCAUUACCAAGAGCACCUUUUACCGCUGGCGGCGGCAGACCCAAGAGCACCGGCAGAAGGUGGCCACCCGCUUCUCUGCCAAGCACUUCCUGCAGGACAGCUACCACCGUGGGGGCUUUGUGCCGUUGCAGCAGUUCCUGCAGAGGUUCCCUGAGAUAUCCCGCUCUACCUACUAUGCCUGGAAGCAUGAGCUGCUGGGCUCUGGUGCUAACUCAGCCCUGGUCCCAGCCACUCCAUCCCGGGAGGCAGUGGCCGUGCCAGAGGUGGAGAGGCCACCAGGGAAGAUGGCUGCCGAGGAGCUGGGGUGUUCCCCACUGACAGCAGCAAUCUCAAGCCCUACUAGCUUGAUCUUAAUGCAGCGUGCCAAGUCAUACCUAGAGCAUUGCAUCUCCCUGAACAAACUGGUACCCUAUCGCUGCUUCAAAUGCCGGUUCCCUGGCAUCUCGAGGUCCACCUACUACAACUGGAGGCGGAAAGCCCUCAGGAGGACCCCCAGUUUCAAGCUGUCCCCAGGUCUUGAAACUACUGAGUCUCUCCAGCCAACAGAUGUUGGGGAAGAGAGCCUACACUCUUUGAAGAGUGAGGUGGGAGAGGAGGGGGCGGGGAAAGCAGUAGGUGAAGCUCCUCUGACUUCCCGGGGGUUCACAUCCCCAAGGAUGCCCUUAUCUCGCUGGCAGAGACGAAUACGCAGGGCUGCCCGCAAGCAGGUGCAAAGUGGGCGCCUACCCUUCUGUCGCUUCCGCCUCCGCUACCCUAGCCUGUUACCUUCUACCUUUUGGGUAUGGAAAAGUCUUUCCCGCGGAAGGCCCCGGAUGCAGGCUCCUUCUUUGAGCCAAAGGAAGCAAAAGCUGGAGGAAAGGCAGAAGCCCGAGGAAAGGCAGAAACCCGAGGAAUGGCAGAAGCCUGAGGAACGCCAGAAGCCCGAGGAAUGGCAGAAGCCCGAGGAACGCCAGAAGCCUGAGGAACGCCAGAAGCCUGUUGAAUGGCAGGAUGUGGAAGCUGUUAGGAAAGUAACGCCUGUGGUAGUUCCUUCAGUGGAAACACUACCAGUGGCUGCUUCUCCAGAAGACGCCCCAGAAAUUGCCCCAGGAGGGCCUUCUAGAGAGGGGAUCGUUCAAGAGGCAGCUGUGGUGCAGGGCCAGCCCCAUAGUGGAUCGUUGCCAAGCCAGACUAUGGUGAUGGCACCAGGUGGCAGUGAUGGGCAGGUGCUGGUGAUGGACGUGCUUAGCGCCACGAGAUUCAAGGCCCAAGCCAAGCUGUUUCUGCAGAAGCGCUUCCAGUCUAAGACUUUCCCCUCCUACAAGGAAUUCCAAGCUCUCUUCCCCCUCACUGCCCGCUCCACCUACUACAUGUGGAAGCGGGCGCUCUAUGAAGGUCUCACGCUGGUUGAUGGCUGA